AAAGGAAUUCACGAAGCUUAGUUGGAGUCCGGAGCAAGAGCAAUGGCGGAAGAACAAGCUGGCGGUGUCGAUGAGGUGGUGGAGGAAUUCGCCAUCUGGAAGAAGAACUCUCCCUAUCUGUAUGAUCUUCUCAUUUCCCACUCACUGGAAUGGCCAUCUCUCACCGUCGAUUGGGUUCAAUCGGCACCAUUUCCUCACCAGGCCAACCCAUCUCUUGCCGUCCACAAGCUUGUCCUCGGAACCCACACAUCGGAGGAUGUCCCCAAUUACCUCAUGGUGGCCGAUUGUAUUUUACCGGUCAAAGCAUCCGAAACUAGAAUCGACAUUAGUGAGGAAAAUCCCAUUAUGCCAAAGAUAGAGAUAACCCAGAAGAUACGUGUUGAAGGGGAGGUGAACAGAGCGCGGUGCAUGCCGCAGAACCCACAAAUUGUUGGUGCAAAAACGAGUGGAUGUGAGGUGUAUGUUUUUAAUUGUGCUAAACAAGGGGCAAAGGCUCAGGGAGAUGAGUGCGACCCUGAUUUGAGAUUGAGGGGUCAUGAUAAGGAGGGUUAUGGGUUAUCUUGGAGUCCGUUUAAGGAGGGUUACCUCUUAAGUGGCUCAAAUGAUCAGAAAAUCUGUUUGUGGGAUGUGUCUUCCAUGGCUGACAAGAAUGUGCUUGAUGCAAUGCACGUUUAUGAGGCUCAUGAAAGCGUGGUCGGGGAUGUGUCAUGGCAUUUGAAGAAUGAGAAUUUGUUUGGAUCUGUAGGCGAUGAUUGCUUGUUGGUGAUAUGGGAUUUGCGUACAAAUAAAUCAGUGGAUUCUGUUCGAGCUCACGAGGAGGAGGUGAACUAUGUUUCUUUCAAUCCUUAUAACGAAUGGAUUGUAGCAACGGCCUCCUCAGAUACCACAGUGGGUCUGUUUGAUCUCCGAAAGCUCGCCGAACCACUGCACGUUCUUAGCAGCCAUGCGGAGGGAGUGUUUCAGGUGGAGUGGGAUCCAAAUCAUGAAACUGUGUUGGCAUCUUCUGGUGACGAUAGAAGGUUAAUAGUGUGGGAUCUAAACAGCAUAGGAAGCGAGCAAGAUGGAGAGGCUGAAGAUGGGCCUCCAGAGCUGUUGUUUUCACAUGGAGGUCACAAGGCUAAAAUAUCAGACUUCAGCUGGAACACCCACGAGCCAUGGGUCAUUUCAAGUGUGGCUGAAGAUAACUCAGUACAGGUCUGGCAAAUGGCCAAAAGUAUCUACCGAUGACACCCGACCCGACCCGACCCGACCGAAAGGGUUACUACUCAGGUUUGGAGAAACCCAUCGUUCAACUUAGCUAAUUUAAAGGUUUUCAGAUAUAUUAGGUUGCCUUCUUCUUCUUCUUGUGUUGUAUGUUUUGAUCAAUAUUUUCUCAAUUAUCAACAAAAUAGUUUGAUCUCCUUCAUAUUUUCCAUCUUUUGAAGCAGGAACAGAAAGAAAGAUGUCUUGAAGAAAAUAUUUAGAAUGUUUAUUGUGAACUGUAAUCAAAUAGAGUACAAAGCUAAUAUUAUUGGACACACUGCCUUCUAUUAGUCUCCAUAGAGAUCAGGCCAAAAUGAAAUGGUGAACAAAGCUAAUAUAAAUGGAGCCA